AUGGCCGCGUUAGAGAGCAUCAUGAUGAAGGUGGCUGCUGGUAUCGGCGCCGUGCUGCUCGUCGAGCUCGCCGUCUCUGUCCGCAGAGUGAAGCGAGGUAAUAUCCCUCGCUCGAAGCUUGUCGGACACGCGGUUUCCGUCUUUUUGACGCUUGUCUUGGCUUGGGUCUGUAGCAAUGCUGGGCGCACCAUCGUUGUGUCGACUUGCAAAGUAGCCACCUGGUUCAAUACCGCGGUGCCGAGCACGAAUGCUGGGCACAUGCUUGCGCUGAGUGCAUCGGUGGCUGGCGCGGUAGCAUGCUGUGGUGUCGGAGCCUACUACUCGUCUGGCCUCACCAUUGCGGCGGUAGUCCACAAGGGGCGCACCGAUGGAUUUCGAGACCUCCUUUCUUGA